CGGAAAGCUUUGCGAGUUGUUGAGUAUUGAACCUCGAUUCGAGCAGUCGAUGAAAAACAGUGGCACGACGCGCAGGAACAUAACCAAACGCGUUGAUCACGAAUAGCAGCGCAUAUUAUUUUUGUCAGUUUCAAAAAUGAUUGGCACUUUUGCUAUUUUCGUUGCGGCACUGAUGACUGUUGUGACUGGUCAGUUCAACACGAAUCAGUGGACCGAUCGCAGUGGAAUUGUUCAUUUGUUCGAGUGGAAGUGGAAUGAUAUUGCCGAGGAAUGUGAACAAUUUCUGGCGCCUAAAGGCUACGCCGGAGUUCAAGUUUCUCCACCGACGGAAAAUUCUAUUGUGACUGACCCACGGCGACCAUGGUGGGAACGAUACCAACCGAUCUCGUACAAAUUGCAAACGAGAUCGGGGUCGGAGCAGGAAUUUGGCAAUUUGGUGCGUCGGUGUAACAAGGUGGGAGUUAGAAUCUAUGUUGAUCUGGUUAUCAAUCAUAUGGCUGCCGUGACGACGAACGGAGGCACCGGCGGUUCGACGGGCAAUGCAGGAGCUAUGACCUUCCCUGGUGUUCCGUACGAAACGAAGGAUUUCCACGAACCGUGUACGAUCAACGAUUAUAACAACGCCCAGGAGGUACGCAACUGUCAACUUGUCGGACUACCAGACCUCAAUCAGCGGCAACAGUGGGUUCGAGAGAGAAUCGUCGAUCUUAUGGAUAAAUUUAUAGAUCACGGAAUAGCAGGAUUCCGUGUGGAUGCUGUGAAGCAUAUGUGGCCCGAGGACUUGAAAGUUAUAUACAACAGUAUAAAGAACCUCAACACAACACACGGGUUUAAGCCUGGUUCGAGAGCAUUCAUUACACAGGAAGUAAUCGAUAUGGGAGGGGAGGGAAUUUCCAAAUAUGAGUAUACCGAUCUGGGAACGGUAACAGAAUUUCGCUUUUCAGCUGAAAUAGGUCGAGCAUUUCGUGGUGGUAACAAACUGAAAUGGAUGCGGAAUUGGGGUCCCGAUUGGGGAUUUCUCCCGUCCAACCUGUCUAUGGUCUUCGUCGACAAUCACGAUAACCAACGUGGACAUGGACCGGGCGGAACUGACGUACUCACUUACAAAAGCUCCCGAAAUUAUAAAAUGGCAACAGCCUUUAUGCUCGCGCAUCCUUAUGGCAAUCCCCGUCUAAUGAGUUCGUUUGCAUUCGACCACUCAGAUCAAGGGCCACCACAGGACGCUAAGGGGAAUAUAAUUUCCCCUAAAUUUAACAAGGAUGGAUCCUGCUCGAAUGGAUGGGUUUGCGAGCAUCGGUGGCGACAGAUCUAUAAUAUGAUUGGUUUCCGAAAUGCCGUUGCAGGAACUGAUCUGAACAGUUGGUGGGAUAAUGGUAAUCAACAAAUCGCAUUCUGCCGUGGGAGAAAAGGAUUUGUUGCGUUCAAUCUGGAGACUAGCGAUUUGGAUCAAGAACUGUUGACAUGUUUACCGGCUGGAACGUACUGUGACGUAAUAUCUGGUAGUUUGCGCGGUGGGUCUUGUACUGGCAAACGCAUCGUGGUUAAAUCGACUGGCUAUGCAAACAUCCAAAUUCCGGCUCAGGGUGCGGAUGGCGUUCUAGCGAUACAUGUCAAUGCCAAACUAUAAUCGUUUGAGGAUUGUGAGGUUUGACUUCAAGAGAAAGAAUGGCGCAUAGUUCACAUACUUUAUGCAGACAGAUCAGUCAUUCGUCAGCAUAACAUGCAUCAUGAACCCGUUCCAAAAUAACGUGUUACUGAUACCUGUAUAUUAGAAGAAGAAAAUUUUAAUAAAAAUAAUAUAACAGGCUCGACUCAA